AUGAAGUUGAGUGGAUUUCUGUGCGCGGUCGCCUUCGGGUCGGGCGGUUUGGCCGCCGAAGAGAUAUUUUACGACACAACCUGGGCCGGACCGGUACGGAUGGCGGAGCGAUUCAACGGCACGGCCGGGGGGUUUGAUCGCGUGGAGGCCACGCUUGUCAUGCCACAGCUCGAUAUCCCGGCGAGGCCGCAUCAGCAAUCUGAUGAAUACACGGCUGCCUUCUGGAUCGGUCUAGGGGGCUUCAAAUCCUCUCCAGCAGCGCUCUCGGGGUUGUGGCAAGCCGGGGUGGUCAUGUCUAUCCGGAACAACGGUUCCACGGAGUAUAAAGGCUUCUACGAGUGGGUACCACUGGACCCAAUUGAUCUGAACUCCACCGAACUCUCUCUAUCUGUUGGCGACCACCUCCAGGUAAUUAUCACCACUGCAGACAACGGGAUGUCCGGGUCCAUUGCCAUGACGAACCUCAACACCAGCCAGACAUUCUCGCACAGCCAGGCUGCGCCGACGACAUGGCGUGGCCCUACUUGGCCAGCACUGGGAAGUUCAGCUGAGUGGAUUAUGGAAGCGGGCACUUAUGUCAACGGCCCGCGGUACGUGUUUCCUGACUGGCAUAACGCAACAUUCCUUGGGGCUAAAGCCUGCUAUAAUGCCGACGGAACCUGUUAUCCUCCUGUGUCAGCGGACAAUGCAACGCUGAACCAGAUGACAGCGGUUUAUUGGAAUGAUACGCAGACAUUGUACACAGAGUCAUCUGUCGAGGGUGAUCUUGUCACAAUAGAGUAUGUAGAGAAGCCAAUGGUCUUGGGAUGA